AUGGAUCAACCUGGACCUUCAGGAAACAGUCGAAAGCGAAAGCGAGUAGCUCUAAAUACUUCGACAAAUGAAAAGACCUUAAGUCAGUGGAUAGAGGCUGAGUUGGAGCGAGACUUCAGUGAUGUGGACGAUGAAAAAGUGGAUCCAGAUUUCUGUUUGCACAGUGAUCAUGAUGGCUUCAGAGGAGUGAUGAGGAGAAGUGAUGUGGACGAUGAAGAAGUGGAUCCAGAUUUCUGUUUGCACAGUGAUCAUGACUCGGCUUCAGAACAUUCUGAGGAUGAAGAAACUCAAUCUCAACGACAAAGAUCACCCCGCAGUUCAGUUGCGAUGCAAGAUUCAGGUCUAUCUUCAAUACAAGAUAAUAUACACACAGAAUCCCAAAGAUACAUAGGUAAGAAUGGUUUUAAAUGGUGA